AAGGCCACUCCCAUUGUUUGAGUAUCAAGCACUUAUACCAUGUUCCUCUGACUGGACCUGCCUACUGACAGUCGACUCACUUGGUUGUCAGGCAGCGCCAGUCAUGUAUGCAAACAGCAGGUGCUUUGCUGCACAUGGUAGUCACGAUAGCUUCACUCCCCUGGUAUAAAGCCCAGGCCUGGUGGCCUGGUGGGAUUCUGGACUUCUCCAUCUUCAUCACUUGAAUACAAUCCAGAUUACCAGCCAUUGCAUGUAUUGCGAUCUUGUCCUGACACAGGUUGUUGAAAAAGAAAACAGUCUAACAAUUUCACUCCCACCCGCCGGACAAAAGUCAAGAUGGCUGGCGACAACGGAAACAGCCACAACAACAAGGGUAGCCCCACGGGUCAGUCUUCCAACGUCCAAGGAAGCAGCUCCUCUGGAGGAAAAUCCUCUGCCAAUUCCAACGUCACCGAGUUCUCCAAAAUCAACCCUGGCCAACCCAUGUCUGACUACGAGUACCUCAAGCCCUGGGGCGGCAAGAAGGGGUUUAUGCUUUCCUACGGGAUCAAGCCUACCCCCGAGGGCUUCGAGGAGGCCAGAGAUCUAAUUGAUCAGAUGAGGGAGGAGUCCGGGUUUGGCAAGAGUCCUUACCGUGAAUAGGAGGGUGAGAAAGCAGACAAUUCAUCUGUUGUCGAUUUCUGCUCUAAAGACGAAUUAACGGAGACCAGCUCAAGCAUGGCGGCCUGCGCAGAACACAAGUUCAAGCCACACCCAGUCCAGACUUGGGUCAGCCGAGCCCGUUGAAUAGCCUCCUAGUGGUGAGACGUCAUGGUGUAACGGCAGUUGAUAGAACAUAGACGAAUGGAUGGAGGCUUCGAAACCGAAGUGCAACUAAUUGUGCAAGGC